CAAAGGAUAAAGAUGGGCGGCAGCCUGAAAACACGGAAGACAGUUUGAAAACUUCUUCUCCUGGAGGCCGAGCGUUCAGGGCCACAUACUUUCCAUAUCGAUAUGCAAAUCGGAGCGCUGUCGGCUCCAGGGCCUCCUCCCUAAAAGACCGCUGUGAGAUCCCGAGGCAAACAGUCCCGAAAAGGACCUUGGGCUCUCCGGCAGCGGAGGCCCGUGCGGAGCUCGUCUGGGACAACGCUUUGGCCUAGCCGGAAGCGGCUCGGGGAGGGCGGGGACUGGGCACCACUUCCGGAAGCCGAGAGCUUGGUUUCCCAGCCGGAGUUCUUCGAGGACGGACCGGAGGCGGCCGCGGAGUCCUGCUUAUCUGUGAAAUGCAGCUGUCGCACCAGCUGGACCUGUUUCCUGAAUGCAGGGUGACCCUUUUGUUGUUUAAAGAUGUAAAAAAUGCUGGAGACCUGAGAAAAAAGGCCAUGGAGGGCACCAUUGAUGGUUCACUGAUAAAUCCUACAGUGAUUGUCGAUCCGUUUCAGAUACUUGUGGCAGCAAACAAAGCCGUUCACCUCCACAAACUGGGAAAAAUGAAGACAAGAACACUGUCUACAGAAAUUAUUUUCAACCUUUCCCCAAACAACAAUAUUUCAGAAGCUUUGAAAAAAUUUGGUAUCUCAGGAAAUGAUACUUCAAUUCUAAUUGUUUACGUUGAAGAGGGAGAAAAACAAAUAAAUCAAGAACACCUAAUAUCUCAAGUAGAAGGGCAGCAGGUUUCUCUGGAAAAGCUUCCUGAAAUAACAAAUAUUACAGAAGUCAAAAAGAUAUAUAAACUGUCCUCACAAGAAGAAAGUAUUGGGACAUUAUUAGAUGGUAUCAUUUGUAGAAUGUCAACAAAAGAUGUUUUGUGAAAUGUCAGAAAUAUCAACAGAAAUUUUCAGCAUUAAAGACAACACUGAUUUUUCUGAUUAUAAAAUUAAUGUAUAUUAAUUGCAUAAAAUUUUCAAACAGAAUGGUAUAAAAAGAAAAGAAAGGCUACUCCUAUUUGUCCUUCUUUUAAGAGAUACUCACUGUUGUUGUAGCUUGUUAUUGCCUGCUAGCCUUCCAUUUUUCUAUUUGAAUAUAUUUUAUUUUUAUAUAAUUGGAAUAAAACUGCAGCCACCUGUUGAAUGCCUA